AUGCCUCACAUUCCGCAAUGGGCUCUUCCUCGCCGGACCAGAGAGCGCUGGGGCCCAGCCUGGGCCGGCUUGUUACCGGGAGGUCCGCUGGCAGUGACGGAUGCGAACCUUCUUCUCGGCCGACUUAUUCCUGACUAUUUCCCCAAGAUAUUUGGAAAGUCGGAGAAAGAAUCGUUGGAUGUUGAGGCUUCGAGGGUAGCGUUUGAGAAGGUUGCGAAGGAGAUUAACGAUAAUCAUCCGGAAUUGGUUUUGUCGCUUGAUGAGAUCGUCUAUGGGUUUGUCUUCUCUCUGCUCGGCGCAUCCCAAAUAAUCCAUAAAAAUAGGUUCAUCAAAGUCGCAAACGAGACGAUGUGUCGUCCCAUUCGUGCACUGACGGAAGCUAGAGGAUACGCGACGUCCAAGCAUACCCUCGCAAGUUUCGGUGGAGCAGGCGGCCAACACGCUUGCGAAAUCGCAAGUCUCCUCGGGAUCAAAACGAUCCUCAUCCACCGAUACAGCUCAAUUCUCUCCGCGUAUGGAUUGGCCCUUGCAGACCGAGCACACGAAGUCCAAGAACCCUGCUCAACAUUCUACACUCCUCAGAACAAACCCACCCUCCUCACUCGGCUCGACAGGAUGACAGCCGACGUGCGCAGCGAGCUCCGCAAGCAGGGAUUCGAGGAACAUAGGAUCCAUGUGGAGAGGAUGUUGAAUAUGAGGUUUGAGGGUACCGAUACGGCGCUUAUGGUUCUACCGCAUGCAGAGGACGGUGAUGGGGAUGAAGAUUUCGAGAGCGCUUUUAAGAGGGUGUAUAAAGCUGAGUUUGGGUUCUUGUUGGAGAAGAGUGUUAUUGUUGAUGAUAUCAAGGUGCGAGGUAUCGGCAAAACAUUCGACACGCUCGGCGAAUCCGUCUAUGCUGAAGUAGCCACCCUCUCCACACGCCGCGUCGAGCCAAAGGAAAAAGCAGACUCUUGGUACAGCGUGUACUUUGAUCGUGUUGGACGUGUGGACGAGACGCCUGUGUAUUUGCUUGAUACUUUGGGUCUGGGGGAUGCGGUUGAGGGCCCUGCGAUGAUUAUUGACCAGACGCAGACUAUCUUGGUGGUUCCUGGGGCGAAGGCGGUGGUCACAAGGAAGCAUUUGUAUAUUACGUUGGAGUAA